AUGUCAAGAGAAGACGACAGGUUACAACGUGCGAAAGAUGCGUUAAAGAACGCGUUACAGGAAUUGGAAUCAGAGCCACAGAGCUCAAGCAACGCAAGAGCUACAGCUACUCGGUCUCCGAAUAUCGGUGUCGUUGAUCAACAAAGACAAAGUGCAACUGAUGAUUUUAGGUGAGUCAAUGAAAGAGGAACGGAAUCCAUGAGUGUAUUAUCUAUUUUCUUUAAAGGAAUAUUAUAGCUAUAAGUAAGUUUAAUUGUUUAAUAUAUAGACCAUAAUAUUGGCGCCGCCGCUUUCCCAUUCUAAUGCAUGCAACACGUGUCAUUAGUAAAUUUAUAUUUUUUUUCAAAUACGCGACUACCGGGGAGGGGGUUAUGGCCAAAAAGAAACAAUGACGAUAAAUCAGUCAAGAUGUUAUAUACAUAAUUUCAAAUGCCCCUGGCCAAUAAAGCAGUUAAGAUUUUAUACAUAAUUUCAAAUACCUGGAAAAGUUAUAAAAUAUGAUAAUUUGUAGGGGGGGGGGGGCAAGGGGGGUCUUGUCACGAAAUUACCCAGAGUGAAUUUGAGGGUGUAUUUCCGAAAGAUCUUCGGCGCAGAACAGUGACUCGAACAAAGUUUGGCGCAGAUUGAUCGCAAAUAUUGAUUUGGCGCAACUAUUUGUCGCAGAAUGAUCCCAAAGAUCAAUUUGGCAAAGAUUUGGUGAAGCAAUUGAGCAUUUAUAUGUAAUAGUAUAUUUGAAAUUAUGAUUUGAGAAGAAUGAAAAGCCAAAUUUCGAAAAUUCAGUGAAAAUUUCGGAUAUUUCCUAAAACCGCAUAUUUUUUCGCGACAAUUUUCUUGGCGCGGGUUUUGGUGCAGCUUUACAUGAAUUCGAAAAAUCUUUCGAUUCACGAGUCACGAAAAACAAAAUUUCAUUUUCACGAUUUUUAGAAACACAGAACCGUAGCAAAGUCUGAAACCAUUUAGCGCGGAUUUUCUAGACAGCAGAACUUGCUGACUUCAACAUUAGAGCCGUUUAAACGACUAUGAAAAUCAUUGCGAGGCAUUACAAAACAUUACGAGACACGAACCAACCUCAAGAAACGAAGAAACUUUAAGAAAGACAACCGCGGGAAGCAAAUUUAUUUAUUUUCCCCCCAUAAUAUUAAAUUUGGGCCGAGUUUUAAACGUAAACAUUCACAAUAGCUAAUCACGAGUCAUGAAAAUACCCUUGCCCCCCCCCCCUUUGUAAUAAAUUCCAUGUGUUUUUAAUGACUAUUUUUACAAGGUUCUGCAGGCCCUGCUGUUUUGUGUGACCUUCCCUGAUGCAGCAGGAACUUGUUAAGAGAAUAAAUGUUAACAGAACUUGAUAAAUCCAACUCAUUGGGUAUAUUUUUGUUGCCGACAUUACUGUUAUUGUAGUUUCAACUCUAAAUAUUCCUUUUUGGAUUUUAAUCUAUUAAUAAAAUAUCAGUCACCAGAAUGAUAAUGAUUUAACAUAAAUUAUUGCCAUAUUUAAAACAAAGUAUAUGACCGGCAGCCGGUCACGGUUUAUCAAAUACUAAAUGGCCGGUCUAAAUGGCCAGUCUAGUGACUAUAGUUGAAUAUAAAAACUUUUGUUUGCGUUAACUUUUAUCGAGCUUGCCGUUAGCUCAUAUGGCAAGGGCGCUGCGUGCGGAAAGUUAAACGCAGUCGGGGUCGGGAUGUGUUUGUCUGAUUUAGCAUUUUUUUUCUUAAAAUUACUGUGCAGAAAGCCUGUUUUUGCCCCCCCGCUGCCUUAAAAAUCUUGAUCUUCUGAAAAAACGAUAGUAAACUAAAAUUUUUGUAAAUACCCCUGAAAACCCAAGUGUUUUUGACUUGGGCCUUAUCAGACCUUGAAUACGGGUUAUCUGAAUAUUGGUAAAUUUCCGUGUUGACACAUUUGGCCCAUUGUAAUAUUUAAAUUUAUGAAAUAAAAUUUAGGAGAGCUUUCCCGGGACUCUGUUCAAGGAAUGUGUCAAGGCCAUCCACGUCAAGAACACAGAACACACAACAACCACCUGCAAAAAGAUCAAGGCAAAUGGUUGGUUAUACACCAGUCCAUUUUAAAGUUCCUGACACCUGAACUCAUGAUGUCUGUAUUGUUGCAAGAGUCAACGAGACUUUAACUCCAGAUAGAGCUCGUAGUGAGGUCUUGACGCGUGCUGGUCUUGGGCGAGUGAGACUCGUGUUUCCAGAUAGAAAGGCAUCCCAUCAAGACCUUCAAAAAUUUUUAGAGGGCAAGUUCCCAAAACUUAAAGCAGCAGGAGGAUUUGAAGUUCUCAGGGCUCAUGGUGGUGGUGGAGGUCAAAGAACAUUGGUUCCAUUACCACCAAGCAAUGAAGGGUACACUGUUCCUUACUUAAAAGAGAGGUUGAAUUCAGCUGUUGCCUACAUAAGACCUUUACAGGCAGAUCUUGAUGAGUCCAGUUCUAAUGAG